AUGCUCUUCACUCCUGAAAACUCGUUACCUGGAGUUCCUCCUGCCUGCAACACUUUCCCCAAGACAUCAAGCACGCCCUCAAACACACACACACACACACUUUUGUACCAGCUCAGGAGCUCAGUCACGUGUUCACAGGUCUGGACUGAAGGUGAAGAAGAUUUGUUGUCCUCAUGGCGUCCUUCUCGUGGAGUCUCCCCCCGUCUCUGUCGCUCUCUCCCCCAUCAGGAGCUCCCCUCUCUGGGUGUGGAUGCAUCUGACUUCAGCCUGUACAGUCCUCCAGCUCGCCCUGAGCCUGGCCUGUCUGCGGCCCCGUGGCCCCAAAACCACCAUGGAGACCCUUACCUGUGCUUCAGCAGCCCGGACCCGAGUCCUGCCCCCCCAGGACUCCCCCCUGUGCUGGGAAGCUUCUUCCCACAUCUGUAUGGCCUUCAGAGGCCCCUGCUCCCAGGUGGCUUUUGGCUCUCCGCCCCGGACGACGUACUACGCUUGGUUCGCCCUCCUUACUCUUAUUCCGCCCUCAUUGCCAUGGCGAUACAGGGUGCACCAGAGCAGAGGCUGACACUCAGCCAGAUCUAUCAGUACGUCUCCGACAACUUCCCCUUCUACAGCCGCAACAAGGCCGGCUGGCAGAACUCCAUCCGACACAACCUGUCCCUCAACGACUGCUUCAGGAAGGUUCCCCGAGACGAGUCAGACCCAGGUAAAGGAAACUACUGGACUCUGGAUCCAAACUGUGAGAAGUCGUUCGACAACGGAAACUUUCGCCGCAAGAGGAAGAGGAAGUCUGACAACACAACCACUGAAGAGAAGCCUUCCUCCUCCCCCUCCUCUUCCUCCUCUGACUCCUCCUCCUCAUCAGAGCCCAGCCCUAAAAUUCCCAGCCUGCAUUGCAGCAUCAGCACUGAGCUCCCCACUCCGUCAAACACUCAUGGUUUAAGCAGCUUCCUGUCUCACCUCCAGGAUUCCCUUUCUCUCCCGCCUCUCCCCCCUCCUCCUCCUCACACUGACUCCUCCUCCCUGUACAUGCAGGUACCGGACCACGCCUCCCCUCCUCCACCCCCUCAGGGAUAUCUCUCCUCAUACUCGCCCGGCGCCGUGGUGCCUCAGUGGGACUCCUGCAGCUCCUCUCCUCCCAUCUACUCCUCUCCCCCUCCUCCCCCUCCUCCCCCUGCCUUCACCUCCUCCCAGUCGACCCCUUCCCACUUCCCCUCCCUCGCCGACCCUCACCCCGGCUCUCCCCCGCUCUACAUUGACCUGCAGACGGCGCCCUGCCUCCUGCAGGAGCUCCAGGAGGCCCAGCAGCUGCAGCAGCUUCAGGACCAGUGUGAGCGUCUGCUCUCGGGGAGCUUCUCUGACAUGCUGCCCCUGGACUCUCUGGUUCUCCAGCAGUGACUCACCUGAUGUGACACCUGCAAAGAGUCACCUGUUUACACUGAGAACUGCUUCUAGUCUUCAGAUGGAUGUGUGAAAGAGCUGUGUUUCAAUGUUUGUAUUUAUGUUUUAUACUUUCUUGAAGUUAGAAUGUGGGUGAAUGUUUUUAACGUGUAAAU